GUUCUGCAUCCGUUGAUGCUUCUGCCUCGCGAACACCUGCCGCUGGCGUAUAUAGACUUUGCAGCUUCCAACGGCGAUUUCCCGCAGUCUCGGUUUUACGAAUCCUACAUCCACAUCCUCGAUCUCGAAAGUCGACUGGGGCCUGCGCCCAUUGUGCUCAUUGCGCGCAAUGAAUUGAGGGGCACCACCUAUGCCUUGGAGCGACAGUCCAAUGGGCUGUACGUGCUUUGCAAGCUGGCGUCAUGGGCAGACUUGGAGAGUCUGGCGCAAAAGGCUACCGCUGUUAGAUAUGAGCGCCUUUCUCCCUUGAAGGCGGAGCGAGUCGAGCGCCCCGAUAUCGAAGCGCUUACAACCCCUCAGCUGCAUGUCGAGCAGAAGAAGAAGAGGGCUGCCAUCGAAGCUAUCCAGUCUCAAAUGAGGAAGCGUGUGAGAUCACAGUCUGUUUCGACUGUUGGAAAUUUGACCAAAGAGGAAGAAUCGCUGGAACCCGAAUCCUUAUUGUCGCAGCUGCCAUCACCAGACAUGAGCUUGGAACAGGUUCCGCUGCCGGGAUCUGAGGACCAAACCAAUCCCGCUCCCAUAAUUCAGGGCGCAGAUGAUAUUUUUGAUAGCAUCAGAACUCAUUAUUUCGAUGCGCUGUACAAGUCCAUGGUAUGUUGCCUAUACACGCAGGGAUCUCUUGCGUACUUUGCCAAAGGACCACUAUCACGAGCUCGAUCGACUUUCCACUUGGACCUGGAAUCUAACUUGGACAUGGCCGAUCUGAUUGAAUUCUUAAAGAGUCUAAUCCUCACAACCGUUCAGAUCGACAAAAAGUAUCGCGAAACAAUCCCCGAAAUUAUUACCAAGCUCAAGGACCGUGUUGAGAGUUCCGAUGAAGGCCGCAAGCGCAAGCGCAAGCCCAAGAGGAUGAAGCUUGGUAAAAGUGGAUUGUAUCCGCUGGAAGAUGAGAGCGUCAUGCGGUGGUGGGCAGCGAACAAGCCGGAACCGAACGAUGAAGCUGCCAUCGUCUCGUCACAAGUCAAGUCUCAUGUUUCUAUCUUACGAACGAGGGAGACCAAGCUGCAAAUGAUACUCAUCAUGGAGAUCCUUGCCUUGGAACCCCUCAAGGCUGCUGGUGAAAGCGGCGAGGCAAGUCUGCCCACUUUACCUGGGGCUGCCGAUUCUGGAGACCUGCUGGAGAAUGCCCUGCAUCCUCAGCCAAAGAAGAGGAACAAGCACAAUCUUCCGGUGCUGCUUGAUGUCCACGCCGAUCGGCUAACUAUCUGGCAAUCAACGGCGAGCGACGAGCAGCUGCUGCUUGAAGACGCCCCAUCUUUGCAAACACCACUGGAUGGCGGCCUAGAAAAGAAAGCAUCGUCUGAACCUCUGAGAGACUUUUGCGUCGAUGUUAUUAUGCCUUUCUUUUCUGCACGCUUGCCUGAUCUUUGCGACUCAAUUAACCGCAAGUUGGGAGGUCCUGUGAUCAUAGCCCCGGCGAAGUCUAGGUCUAUGAAGAAACCUUCCGGCAUGCGAGACCAGAGACCUGGUGCUGCAGCUAAGCGGCCUCAACCCCCGAAUGCCCGGAAGACAUUGCAGCGGGCCCUCUCCACGGAACAGCAGAACCGAAGAAGUAUUUCAAGGGGUCCCAGUAAUGCCAUUGCUCUUUUGCGAUCAGCCACCUCCACUACCCUUCCGACCAUUAAGCGGGAGAGCUUGGAUCUAUCAGGGCCCAUGUCAUUGCUUCCCGACUCUCACAGAAGGAACCAUUCUCUGUCUCGAAGCAGCAGCAUGAAUAAUCUGUUUGAUGCCAGAGCCAGUAAAAAGGCCGAGGUAGACGCUGAGCUUAGAGAGGCCAUUUCAGCCCUGAGGAAGCCUAACCGCGAGGUUGUAAGCAAGGCAAUGGCCGAGGCAGAUGAGCGUAGAACGUCGGCCAAACUGAAAAGGGCACCCCCGAGGAGCAACCCAGCUUCAGCUAUUCAGGUCAAGGCCACACCAGCAAACAAUCGGUUCAAGAACAUGAUGCCUGCCAAGCUGGCAGAGGGUCAAAAAUUCUCAGAGAGCUUUGAUGAAUUAAUCCCCCCUUCCAGCGUGACGGCCUUUGUUCCAUCUACAGGGAAACGGCCUACUCUCAGGGAGCUGUAUAAGCGCAGCCCAUCUCCCGUGACAGAUGCAAUAGGCGAUACACCGACAAAGACUUCGGCCAAGCCCAGCUUCAUACGCCGACCUGUGAAUGAACAGCCAGCAUAUCCCCCUUCCUCCCCCGCCGUACAGAGAACGCGGGCGCCU